CAUGCAAUGUGCCUUAUGUUGCUUUCACCACUUUUUCUUGCCAUCUACAUGUAAUGUUUUUCCUUUUUUUUUUGUUGCCAACGAACGCAUUGCAUAAACCCCUAGAUUCCUAAUUACGACCACUGAAGCAUUGAAUUCAUUCGUCCUUACCCUGAACCCUCUCCAAUCAAGGACCCUCUGCCAUCCCUCGAAUAAGUUCGACGACCCUCCCUCGUCAAAUCGAAUUAGCGGUUGGGCCCGGUCGGGCUCGUAUGGUCCGCCACAAUGGGCUCCAGAGACCCUGAUGCCGACGCAACCAGCGAUACCCGCUCAAGAGACCCUCGGCGUAGAAAGAGUGAGCGGGAGCGUGAUAGAGAAAAGGAUAAGGAACGGGUUAGGAGUGACAGGGAUAGUCACUAUCACCACCAUAAAUCACACCGUUCUAAGCAUAAAGCCAGUACUGAUGGGGAUUCGCACACCUCCUCACAUCGACGACACCGAGCCAAGGAAGAGAAAGAGAGGGACCGUGACAGAAGGACAUCUUCAAUGAGUGACCUAGUACCCGAACUUUCAAGGACAACCCUUUCUGGCAGCCGGGUUAGCUUGCCAUACCCUACCUUUAGCAAGGCCCACAGCAAAGAAGCUGUACUCAGCCGCGAAGACGUAGGGGCGUCCGCCCACAAUGAUCCCUUUACUCCAGAUACCACAGAUCUUGGUUCCGGUAACAUAGGCAGAUCUAAAUCGACAGGUGGUAUAAGUAGGAAGAAUACCCAGAAAGAUGGUCGGCCGCCUAGCCCUCCCGAAACAGAUUUAUCCGAAGAAAAGAAAAGACGAAGCAAAACACCCACCUCGAAGUUGAGAGAGGAGAUGGAAUCGGGUUCAGACCGACCUCAAUCAAGGACCUCCGGCUUAUCACGAUCUAACUCGAAGCACGAUGAGAAAUCGAAGCUGUCUACUAAAUCUAAAGCUUCAAGCUACGCUUCCACUAUCAAAUCUCCUCCAACUCCAUCCUACCCGCCACCUCCUCCUCCCCCGCCUCCACCGCCUCCGCCAUUCGGCGUACGAGUUAAUGGUGAGGCAUCCCAACUGAGCGAUAAUAAAACUGUAGGGACUUCCUCAACUGCUACUCCUGUUGCUCCUAAACGGACAGCCUCGACAAGAUCCCGUGGGAAUCCUAGCCCAGCCGAAGCCGAAGAUUCCCCAGACUCUAUACAGGACUCAUCACCGAGAACACCUACAGCUACGCCACAAUUUCCGCCGCCGCAAGCCUUUCCGGAUGUGAAGCCUAGCUUUAACUCUAGGCGUGAAAGACAAGAACGUCCUACGCCUUCAGCAACCCCAGCAUCUGAUUUCGGCCCUCCACCACCGCCUCCGCCUCCGCCUCCCCCAUUGAAUAUUCAGGAAGUCCCCAGGAUUGAUUACCUACUUCAGAACGGCGGUCUACCUCAUACGCUACCAAGGAAUUUCCUUUCUGUGAUACCACGCCAGAAUGGAUCACGACCCUCAAACCCUCCUCUAGCAGGCGCGGACACUCUAUUCGCACCUUUCUUUAAUCUCCUUGAUCAAUAUCAAUCGGUCAUUCAAAAGCAGGGCUCGGUUGCAGUAGCAACAGGACAUAAGUCUGUCGCACGGCGGCUACUCGACCGAUUGGAAGAUGUAUUCUCUCGAGAUCUUCCUGCCGAGGGCUGCAGUUGUAUCAUGUGUGAAAAGACACCAGAAGAGCACCGAGGGUUAGGAUGGGGCGAGGUACUAGAACGGGUAGGAGGCAGGGUUGAAAUGCCAGCGUGGCCCCCAUUUGAUCUUCCCUCUCUUUCUGCAAAUGCGAUUGAGACUGCACAAGACAUGCCUCCUAGGCCGGCUUCCCCGAUCAAGUUAGACCCGGAUAUCGCAGAAGAGUUUAGGGAUCACUAUCUGCGACAAUCCAAGAAGGUCAGGUCUGUAGUCGAUCGAUGGAUGAGCAACUGCGCUGAGGCGCCAGCGCCAGCGCCCUCUGAGAUCGACGAUGAGACGCUGACAUUUGCCAUCUUGACCAAUCUCGACCAGCAUGAGCAACCGUACUUCAACGCGUUAAUUUCUGGUGCCCGAGAAUUACAGCCUUCUCUGAGAGCACCUACACCAAUGCGUAAGCCAAGAACAGAUUUCAUGGUCAAAACGGGUCUAGCACUUCAGCGCAUCUACCGUCUACCUCAAGCACCUCGCGAUGCAGAAACAGCCGUGUUUCUCGUCAAGCACCCUUUUCACCAUGAUCUUCUUGCAACUAUCACCGACAUUAGCCCCCAAGAGUGGGAAAUUCUCAUAUCGGGCCGUUUUGACGGCUUUCUCUGGUCUGGCGCUGAUGCUGAUGACGCGAUAACACCUACUGCCGAUAAUCCACAAUCUCGAGGUGGUACACCCGCGAAUGGGUUCUCAUCCCCCCCACCACGAGGGACCAGUAUGCGCCAUGCGUCAGGAUUCGGCGGGUCUCGUAGCACUACACCCUUCUCUGGCGUAUAUUCUCGUGGCGCAACGCCUGCUUCUUUUGUUUCGCUGUCGUCGUCUGCUGCGCCUGGCCAUAGCCGCCAGCCUGUAUCCUAUGAUGAAGAGGUUGAAAUGGCUGUCCUAGCUGAGGUAGAAAGGGAUAUUUACCAGGGUAUGGAAGCCCUUGAAGACGCGUUUGAAAAGCUUCACGAACGUGCCGAAGUAGUGCGAAACGCUCUCCGCCAGCGCAACAAUGGCCUAUUGCUAAGCCAGCAGCACCGCCGUGCCGGAAGGAUCGAUGUCUUGCCACAACUUUCCGGUAAUUCACAAGGCUCUGAAAGACCACCAUGGGCUGUAGGAGAUGAUGACGGUAUGAGCGAGAGCGAUUGGGGAGGCGAUGAUUUCGACUUGGCUCCUGAGGAUUCGGCGAGUAACAUCUCAAGCUCAAGACACAGGCGUCCUAAGCGCAGAAACGAAAGGAGGACUCCUGCCCCCAUUGAGGAGGACGACGAGGAAAAUUAUGUGUAAUCGGUCAAUUAUGAUUUUUUUUUCUUUUGCCUUGCCUUUGGGCGUAUUGAAUAUUGGAUUUGCUCUACUUCACGAUUAUCACGACAUGAAAAAAGAAUUACCGAUACCAUUCGAGACCAAUG